UUGCUGCCUGGGCUCACCGCUGCGCGAAAGCUGCCGGUGACGCUUCGCCGGUCACGUUCGAUGCGUUUUGCCUCCCGCAAAUGCGCGAAACGGCUGCCGUUCUACGCUGCGUUUGGCACCAGCGAUGCUGGAGCUGUCCCCAAGCUUUUUGGAGAUGCCCCAGAGCUGUGCAGUGCGCAGCACACGAGUACGGGACAGAGCCGAGGCGUGCGCGUGAUCACGGACGACGCCUGUUGCGGCGAUUGCUUUUGCAAAACGAAAGCCGCGCACGCUGCACUGUGCUAAGCUUGCACUCCGAUGGCUGCACUCUGCCUGGCCGACGCGGACGACGCCGCGCUGGAAGCCAUCGGCGUGCGGCGCGUCGACCUGAGGGAGAUGGACUGGGCGCCCUGGGCGGCAGCAGCAGAAAAUGUCUCUCCUUUACUAGCGGCGCAGGACGACGAGGGGCAACCGCACGCCAACGAUCUGUUGGAGCUCGACUUUCCCGCCGGCGAGGUGCUGAAGCGAUGCAGUGAGGCAGUAGCGCCGUUCUGCGACCCUUCACAAUUGGAACUCUACGACGCGUUCUCGCUGCACUACGACAGUCGGCAGACGGACACGACGUUCAACCAGCACCGCGACCCCAGUUUUGUGACGAUCAACGUGUGUUUGCGCAGUGAGAAUGUUGUUGGAUCGCGCGUCGAGUUCUUUGGCGCCUGGGACGGUGACGGUUCUGGUCAACGGUUACGGGCGGAACAACGAGCCGGCUUCGCGCUCGUGCAUCGGGGCCGCCACCUCCACCAGACGACGCCUCUGGUGAAGGGCAUACGGAGCCAGGCCGUGCUCUACUGGACGCGGCGCGGCGUCGUGGGCGACGACGACGCGACUUAUUUGGGGUUUGCCGAGUAGAAUUUGUUUGUGUG